AUGACUCCUGUCCUCAGUUGGGUCCUUGGGGAGCCAUCCAUCCUCCUGCAGCUGGCAGGGCAGAGCCUGCUAAGGAAUGAAGCCCUGGCCAUCUCUGCUCUGGAGAAACUGCCCAUGGAGCUCUUCCCUCCUGUGUUCAUGGAGGCUUUCAUCAGAUACAUGAAGGCCAUGGUGCAGGCCUGGCCCUUCCCCUGCCUCCCCCUGGGUCCCCUGAUAAAGACAAGAGACCUGGACACCUUACAGGUCACUCUGGAUGGGAUUGACAUGCUGCUUGGCCAGCAAUUUUGCCCCAGGAAGUGGAAACUGCAGGUGCUGGAGCAGCAGACCUUGCACCUGAACUUCUGGAACAUGUGGUCAGCACACAUGGCUGACGACUAG